AUGAGACCAUUUCAAUCUCUUCUUCUUCUGAUUCUACUGAUUCUAACUGUUGUUUCAACUGUUGGGUCCUCUUCAGAUUACACCGAUUUAGCUUACAAAGGCUGUGCGAAUCAAGAUUUCCAGGAUUUCAAUGGGAUUUACAAGCAGAUACUUCAAAAUCUCUUCGACACAUUAAUCUCUCAAGCUUCCACCGCAAAAUUCUACAAUACCACCGCCGGAGUCGGCCCAUCCGCCAUUAAUGGGCUCUUCCAAUGCAGAGGCGACCUCUCAAAUUCUGCCUGUGUGAACUGCGUGAAAAAGACCCCGCAAAUGUCCGAAAAGCUUUGUGGCCACUCCGUUGCUUCUAGAAUCCAGCUAAACGGGUGUUAUUUGAGAUACGAGAUUGCUGGGUUUAGGCAAGUGAGCUCGACUGAGUUUCUGUACAAGGUUUGCGGUUCAACUCAGGCGAGCGGCGCCGGGUUUAAUGACAGGUUGAACUCGGCCUUAGGGGAAAUAGUAAAAGGUGUGGGGAGUGGAAAUAGUGGAUUUUAUGCUGGUGAAUAUGAGUCAGUGUAUGUGCUGGGCCAAUGUGAGGGUGAUUUAAGCAGUGGGGACUGUGUGAACUGUGUGAAAAAUGCAAUUGACAAAGCUAAAUCUGAAUGUGGGACUUCAAUAUCUGCCCAAAUUUAUCUUCAAGAGUGCUAUAUUAGCUACACUUAUUAUCCCAGUGGAGUUCCUGCCAAUACCAGCCCUUCAUUUUCAUCAGAAGACAGUGGCUAUUGUUCUUGGAGGAAUUGUGGGACUAGGCCUGGGAAUUGCUUGCUUGUUGUUUGCCAAAUCAACUUUGAAGAAAAAGACUCAUACUUACAAGUAUGGUGGAUGAGAUAUGUCAAAAGUUAG